UAUGCAGUGUCUUAAAAAAGCUAGUAAUUUACAACGUUGUGUUCAAGUUGAAUGGGAAGAUGGUCUUUUAGCUAAGUUUUCCUACAUUUGGCUCAGAGAUAAUGCACGUAGACGUCCAAGCCUUAUUCAUUUGGAUUUGAAUACUCGACCAGAAGAAAUUAAAUGUUCAAAAGAAGCGUUAGAAGUUCAAUGGCCGCCGUUUGUUGCCUCAAAGUAUACUUCUUCAUUUCUUCGUCAAAAUGCUUUUAAUCAAAAUGAUCGUCUAAAUAAAAUUUCUGAUCUACUUAAAGACACUUCAACAACUGUAUCCUCGUCCUCAACAGCAGAAGAAAAGCAGAAUCACUCAAUUUUGGAUCAUUCAAAAAUGGAUUCGUUAGAUGAGAGCAUGGCAUUGGGAACGUGUUAUUGGGAGGAUUAUGCACAAGAACCGGGAACUGUCUGGCCUCAUCUUUCACACGUCCCCUCAAUUGUAACAAUCGAAACAAUGAAUGGUCCAGCACAAAUUUCAAUUGUAAAUACUUGUAAGACAUUGUCACAACUACGAGAACACUCCCCAGAAGAAUUUGAAUUUUUGGCUAAUUCAAUUUUGGAAUAUAACGGAGGAGGGUUAUAUCGUUCAAGGCAUCCAAUUUGUUCAGUUGAUGAAGAUGGGAAUAUUAAAUCGGUUUAUAUUUUUUUUAAUUUGGUUAUAGUCAAUUUUCCGGACUGA